AUGACCGCUCCGGUUAAGCUAGAUUUGAUGGCCUCAUCAAGAUGUAUCGAAAAUCUAAAGGGAGUUGUACAUGGACAUUUCCAUUGGAUAAAGAAAGAAUGUUGUGUAACCGUUAGUACGGUUUCUGACUUAUGUUGGCCAGUGAUCUUUCCAAGCAUGCCUUACAUUCGUUUUGUAAAAAAG